CCAACGCGGAGAAAGUUCGAUCGACUCUGGUCAUCACGGUGGUUUUUCUAUCGAAAGGUGAGUGGAAGACCCUAAUUGCGUGGCCUCCUAGUUGAGAACGAUUGUAGGUGCCUGGGUAAGGUGCAUUUUUACGAACGUCGUGUUGGGAUUUGGGAAUCUCGCGCGAGAAAGCUCUCUAAUUACAGUUCCGUGCCCGCAAAUGCUCGUUAUCUAAUUAUGAGCUGUAUUGAGAGCCUGUCGUUGUUAGUGUUUUCUUAGCGUUCAUAUAUUGUUUGUAUAAUUUUAAAGUCAAUAGUAUGAUGCCCGAAAAUUUGAAAACGAAUGUGCCUGUACUCUACAUAUUUGACUGAAACUUGCUAAACGUGAGUUGUUUUCGAAUGAGGCAUGUUUACAUAUAAAUGGAAACAAAAUAAAUGCGAUGUCUGGUUGUCGAAGUCAUAUGAGCUCUAACCUUAUGAGAUUUGACGAGUCAUCUGAAAUUUAACAUUAUGCAGUGACUUUGCUGAGUUACAAUGUUGCAUUCUUACGGAUACAUUAAGUGGGGUGUUUCUUUUUCUCCUCUUCUAGAAAUCUCGUCAUGGCAUUUCGUCUUCCCUUGAGGUCACUUUCACGAGUCGUUCCAAGAAGGCUUUUUGCUCCUCCUGCUUCCAUCAGUCGGUCUUCUUUCGCAACGCUCGCUGAGGUAACGUAAUCAAAUACGUUAAAUGUUGGCUGGUUUCAUGUUGCACCACGGGGACCAACAUUUGUUCUUGCACGAUGUAGGUCAAGUAAACAGCGUCUUUUAUUCUAACUUCUUGUCUGUGAGCAGGUUUACAAGUUUUCGAAGUAUUCGAUUAAAAAAGGAACCUACAAUAUUAACCUAAUCAGAGUUUUGAACAAAAUCAUGACUGCUUCACGAACGUGACGCAGUGUUUAUUAUUUCGCAUCUUGCAGUUUUAUUUUGUUUUUAAGAUCAACACCUUUGCAAACCCCUCCUGUAGAAUAUCCUGACGAGUAACAACUCUAGAGCAAUGACGUCAGAUGACUUGUCAUUACCUUGACUACAGGGAAAAAAAACCAUGAAUUUUAAACAUACCUGUUUAAGAAUGUUUACAUUCUGCUCUCACUGAAGCUUGCCUCUAGGACUCUUUUGUUAGAUAUUUUCCACAUUUUGUUCUCUGACUAAAAUUUUCUCUCUAGCAAUGUAAUGUACGUGAGCAGAAAAGGAUAGUUAAGCAUAUUAACUAUAUAUACCACAUGGCGUCAACUGUACAAUUUAAAAUAGGCAAUGCACAUUGUUCUUUUAUUAUGGUUGAUUGGAGCACACUACAGUAAUUCUAUGAGGUAAAGGUCAUCUGAAGGUUUUGGAACAACAGCCUAAAUCUGAUAAGAGUGCAACCUCUUAUCUCUCUCAGAAACAAAAACAAUUUUGCUUCACACAAGUCUCUGAAAUAGAGGUAUUCUUAUUACUGGAAAGUCUUGAUACAAACAGGUCAUUAGGGUUGAUAAGAUUCAUCCACUGUUAUUAAAAACUUCAGCACUUCAAAUAUACCAUCCCCUAACAUUUGUUUUUAAUCUUUCCAUCAACUACGGUAUAUUUCCUGAUAGUAUGAAACGUGCUAAAGUUGUUCCAGUUUUUAAACAAGGCUCUUGUUUUGCAUGUAGUAAUUAUUGACCUAUCUCAAUUCUCUCUUCCAUAAGUAAAAUAUUUGAGAGAUGUAUUUUUAAUUAGCUGAUGUUCUAUUUUACGAAUAAUAACAUGAUUUCCUCAAAACAUUAUGGAUUUAGACCAGGUUUUAUAACCUUUGAUUGUCUAAUUGACCUUAUUGAAGAAAUAACUUCUUCUCUUGAUAAAGGACUUUAUGUGGUUUCUUUAUUCUUAGAUUUAAGUAAAGCACUUGAUACAGUAAACCAUCAAAUAUUACUAAAUAAACUUAUGGAUUACAACAAAGUGAAUACAACUGGUUUCAAUUUUACUUAAGUAACAGGAAACAGCAGGUGCAUGCAAAUGGUAUUGCUUCUGAUACACGUUUUAUCUCCACUGGUGUGCCUCAAGGAUCGAUACUAGGACCUUUGCUGUUUACUAUUUUCAUUAAUGACCUUCCAAAGUCUUCCACCUUUUUUUCUACUAGAUUAUAUGCUGAUGAUACAUCUUCAACUGCUUCUGGAAGUGAUCUUGACAGUUUAUUGCAUGAAAUUAACAAUCAUUUACCAGCUGUCUACAAAUGGUUAUGCAAUAAUAAAUUGAUUGUAAAUUUUACAAAAACUAAGUUUCUUAUUUUUAUGCCUCGUCAAAAGGAAAGCUACAAUCUUUAUCCACCAUUAACUGUAGCAAAUGUUCAUUUAGAAAAGUCCUUUUGUGUAAAAUAUCUUGGUGUGUAUAUUGAUUGUCACCUCACUGGGCAUGACCAUAUUGACUACAUAUGUGGCAAAAUGAGCAAAAAUAUAAAUAUAAUGGUUAAGUUGAAGCAUUAUAUAUCAAAAGCAACGCUUAUAAGUGUGUAUUAUUCUCUUAUUUAUCCUUACCUUACUUAUGCUUGUACACUUUGGGGAAAUAAUUAUAAUGCUCCAUUGUCUCAAAUCAUAAAGUUACAAAACAAAGCAGUUCAUGUUAUAAAUGAUGUUCCUUUAAUGGAAUCAAUAACUCCACACUACACAUCCUUAGGCCUUUUGAAAUUUCCUGAUAUUGUUAAACUGAACACAUGUAUGCUUUUUUAUGAUUAUUUCCACCAUGAAAAGUUUACACUAAGAAACUUUUCAUGAAAGUAAAAGUAAAGUAGGUUUCGUUAGUAUCUGAACUACAUAAUUACACUACCCACAGUGCAUCAUCCAAUCAAGUUGCAAUACCUUUAUUUCGAACUAGUCUUAGGAGAUUUGGCCCCAGCAUUAUUGGAAGUUUCUUUUGGAUUGAUAUUCUGCAAUCCAUUAGAGAUAAACCAUCUAAAAAAAUGUUUAGAAAAGCACUUUUGGACUGGUACCUAGCACAAUACUAAUGAAACAUUAUCUCUUUUAUAAUUUUCUGAGCUAUUUGUCAUUUUUCCUUUACUUUUUUAUUAAAAAUCUCGAGUCCUUUGUUAUACAUAACUUUAAGGGGCACAAUAUUAGUUUAUCUAGACGUGUCCCUCUCCUCUCCUUCAAUAUACAAUGUAAUUCAAUUUAAGUGUUGUAAUUUCUGUUAUAUGCAUUUUUUCCUUUGUAAAUCUUUAUCUGAUACUAUGUUAUAUCAUGUUAUAUUUACAUAACUAUGUAUCAGCUAGGAAUUGGAGGAAUAAAUAAAAAAAAAAUAAAUAAAAAUUAAAAAAAAAGACGAGGCAAUUGCCUCGUCUUGAUUUUGGCCCAAGAUUGACUUUUCUGGAGUCAAGUUAAGUUUUUCUCUCCAGCAAUAUGAUUGUACAUGAGCAGAAAAGGAAAGCUAAGUAUAUUAACUAUAUAUACCACAUGGCGUCAACUGUAAUAUUUAAAAUAGGCAAUGAGCAUUGUUCUUUUAUAUUUGUUGAUUGGAGCACACUAAUUCUGUGAGGUAAAGGUCAUCUCGAGGUUUUGGAAAAAGUCAUGAAAGCAAACCAAUGUAGAAAUGCAAGUAAACCACAUAAUUGCAUUAUAAUUAUCCAGGGCCAUAGUUAGCAUGAGGCAAGACGAGGCCUUGUCUUGAUUUUGGCCCAAGAUUGACUUUUCUGGAGAAAAAUGCCAUGGAAAAUGCUUAAAAGAGCAUUUCUGAGCCUCCAGCUUUAAAAAUUAAUUUUCUGGAGGGGUAUGCCAGACUCCCAUAGUGGCUUGCAUAUUCAGUGCUUGAAACUUGCAUCAUCUUGUUCUGAAGUCUGGCUACAGCCCUGUUAUCUCACAAUGUAAUCCCUUUAUGUGUAGUGAUUUCAUAUCUGAUUAACUUCCAUUUUUUGACAGUGAUUAAAAUUUGUAAAAUAUCAGGAUAAAUAUGACAGUUGUCUGACAUGGGUCUUUUUUUAUUUGACAGCGUAAGAUUGAUGACAGUCCUGAAGUGAAGUACAAUCAGGUAAAUCAUUUUGAAAAAUUCACAUCCACUGUGACACUUUGCUUAAGCUUUUUUAAGUGUUUGUGUAAGCUUUUGCUAUCUUGUUUUCGCGAUGGAAGCAGUCAGAGUAUAGUUUUCAGAUAAAGGUAAACACAGACAUUUAUUAAUCAUUCGUAGUUUAGAAUAUGGUUUUCCCAAAGAUUUUUCACCCUUUAACUCCCAAGAUCUCUCUGUAAUUCUCCUUACUGCCUUCCAUACAAUUAUAAUGAUGUCAAUUUGGUAUGGGAUUAAGUAGCAAUCCCAUAAUUGAUAUUUUACUUUAUUCUCAUCACUUGUCUGCUUAACAUUGUCUAGAUAUAGUAAGGAGAAAUUCUGUCUUGGUCACUCACAGGAGUUGAAGGGUUAACUGAAAUCCAAUGAAGAAUUGUCUCAAUGAAUUUUGAGACGUGUGUUCAUUGAAACUGUUGUGUCUUGGGUUUUAUGAAGCGUGCCUUUCUCUGACCUUUGCAGGCUUUUAGGGACUGGGCCAAUUAAGUAAUUUUUUGUUUGUCAUCUUUGUUAUGUAGAUACAGUUUCAGUGGGCACAGCAUCUCCAUAAGUAGGCUGCCAUUAAAAGCCUUUGCAAAUGAUGUGUGUACACACUGUACAUACAUAUAUGUGUUGUAUGUAUUUGCAAUAUUUCAACAGGCUGGUCUAGUUAAGCACAAAGGUGAUUUAAAUUGGGGCUUGUAAUAAACAGUGACUGUUACGAGGCCUGGCCACAACUCCAGGAGCUAUGUUCCCCACUCUUUUAGAGAAGUGUAUGGGUUCUUUAAUGCCCCUGCUAAUCAGUUAAGUUUAGUUAACUCAACUAAACUUUACUGGUUAGCAGUAACUGCUAGCAUAACUUAAGCAAAAAUGUGACUGAAUCAGUAUGGUAAAAGUUAAGUCCUUGUUCCCCAGGUUUUCAUCAACAACAGGUUUGUGGACUCUGUCAGUGGCAAGACAUUCCCCACAAUCAACCCUACAACUGGGGAAAAAAUAUGUGAUGUGGCUGAGGGUGACAAGGUAAACCAUGCACUUUACAAACUAUGAUAACAUUGGCUUUGAAGAUAACAUUCUAUUUUUAUUGCAGUGGUCAUUCAUGCAUUAUUUGGUGAAAACAGGCUUGGUUGGAAAAUGGCUGUAAACACUGAUAGAGAUCAAUGCUACAAUUGUAACAAUCACCACAAAACUGAUAAAUCAAUGCAAAAACUUUUGAUCAGAAGGGAUUUUAAUUUAGUCUAAACAGAUAAAAUGUUUUACAAAUUAUCAGUAUGGGAACAAACAAAAUGUGAUUUACAUGUAUGGACUUGUGGGAGAUAGAUUUGCAAAAUGCUUGAAUCUUGCUUAUGUAGGUGAGGCAUGCAGAAGUGCUAAUAACCUAAUAUGUUCUUUAGGCAGAUGUUGAUAUUGCUGUUAAGGCAGCCAAAGAGGCCUUUAAGCUGGGCAGUCCUUGGAGAACAAUGGAUGCAUCAGAACGUGGAAAGCUUUUGAACAGACUGGCUGAUUUGCUCGAACGAGAUCGAGCUUAUCUUGCAGUAAGUACUAACAUUUUGUUGGAGUAAAAGUGAAAUUAUCAGCCAUCAUAGUCCUAAACUUUAGAGGUACAAUGUGAAGUCCUUUCCUUUUAUUCAAUAACUAGAGUCAAUCAAAACUGUUACGUAAACUUGCCAUGAACAAAUGCAAAAAAAAAAAAAGAAAUUAAAUAAAGCCAUCUUGACCAAAAUGAGUAAAGGGAAUGAAUGAUCUGUGAUAAAUUUUAGCCUAAUGACUACACUAAGGGUAAAGCAUGUCUGCUGUACUUCAAAGUGAAAUAGAGGCAAUUUUUGUCUUAUUUUUUUGCAUAUUUUCAUGUGAAUUUUGUUUUUUUGCAGCAAAGCAGGCAGUUCUAGGCAGUUCAAUUAUAUGUAAUUUUGUAAACUAGAGUAGCUAGUCAGGAUGCAUUCUUGAUUUGUUUUAGUUAAGCUUGUUAAUAAAGCCAGCCUCAUUUUGUUGCAAGAACAUAUACAUUAAAUCAUUCUGUGGGUGUUCAAACUCUGACUGUAAAAAGAAAAACGUACUCACAACAUUGGUUGUUCUCAGGGUACACAACCUUGUACAUUUUGUUAAUUCAGCUAUAAAGUACGAAAUAAGACAAAAUUUGGUUCUUCUCUCCUAGAGUUUAGAGACUUUGGACAAUGGCAAGCCAUUCAAUGAUUCUUUCAAUAUUGAUUUGUCCAUGACAAUUAAGUGCUAUCGAUACUAUGCUGGGUGGGCAGACAAAAUUCAUGGCAAGACAAUUCCAAUUGGUAAGUUUAUUACUUUGAAGUUAUGGAAAGCCAAUAAACUCAAUGGAAUUUUGCAUAUUCAUUUUAACGAGUUAUCAACCACAUAACCACAUGUUGUCUUAGGUGACCAAGAAUUCUUUUAGCUUUUACUAUAAUAGGCAGUCAGCUCCUCCAUUAAGGCUUGUUCAUUCCUUGGUUGUGAUUUUCUUGGAAACCCAGCUCUAAGGCGUUAUGCCUGUAGUUACUUUUUGAAAGACAGGCACGUGGUGCUCUAAUGAAACAGACUGGCUUAACUUAGACAGGCUCACUUAUGCUUUCAUAAAACAGUAGUGCUGUAAAUAUGUGUCCAGUCUUCUUUUAUUCAUUUUACACCCUGUGGAGCUUCAGUAGAUAAUUGAUAUCAAUGUGUUUGCAUUUUAUGUCAAUUUAACAUCUGCUGAAGUGUUCAUUGUCAAGUGAUGUUGGUUAACUCUCAAAAAAUUGAACAUCUUUGAUGCCAGUUAUUUGCUUCCUGCUGCCUGCUUCUGCCUAACCUCCAUGGAACAACCAGCUCUACCCAUAGGGUGAUAACAAGAGGCGAACAUCAAGUUUGUGGACCUCUUCCUUAUAUUCCCCCCACAAACCUUUUCAAACGUUUUACCUGGUAGCAAAGAAAUGUGUACUAUCAUUUGAUGCUGAUCGUAGUAUUUUCAUUGUUAUGAAUCGUUUCAUUCACUCAACAGAUGGCAGUUUCUUAACCUAUACCCGCCAUGAACCUGUUGGCAUUGUUGGUCAAAUAAUCCCAUGGAAUUUCCCACUGCUGAUGCAAGCCUGGAAACUUGGUCCAGCCCUGGCGGCUGGAAAUGCAAUUGUAAUGAAACCAGCAGAACAGACACCACUGACUGCCUUAUAUGUGGCGUCUCUAAUUGCUGAGGUACUUAAUCUUAAUUAGAAAGAUAGAAAGUCUAAAAUUUCCCCGUUAAGCACUCCUCUCAUAAAAACUCAUUUAAGACUAAAAUCUCAAUACAGGUUCUUGUUUUUGGAAUGAUAAAUUUGUUCAAAUUUGACACAGUAAAUCGCAGGCAAUACAAAAAGAUAACAAUGCCAGAACACUGGCUGUGUUUUAAGACCACAAUGCUGUAUUGUCGAUACACCCAUAGUUGUAAAACAUAUCAGACUGUGUGUACAAGUAAACCGUGUAAAGUAGGGCACUAUGAGGUUGGCAAACAGCGCAUUAUCACACCCACACCAACCAAUACAAGUUGUUUUUUUGUUUUGUUUUGUUUUUUUAACAAAAAUUAAGAACGUAAUUAAGAACUUAGGUAGCCUUAUUUCACAGUAAACACCAUUUAUGUAAGAACCUAUGGAGGCAAACUUGGAAAACCUAGGUUUCAAUAUGCGGGUUUUUACUGUAACUCUUUUAACUGGUAGGGGGGACAAGCAUCGAAAUUCCCCGUACAUUAUCACCUCUAAAAAACACACUUAGAUAAUGAGAAUGAAGGAAAUGAUGGCCAACUAAGUAACUUUUUAAUCUAUUGACAACAAUAUGAAGAAUAUGCAUACUGAAGAUGAGGGGGGGGGAGGCUGAAAGGACAGCUUAUUUCGCCAAAAGUUUGUCCAAGUUCAGCUCAGUAAGGAGACAAACCUUUUUUGUUGGUUUCUUGACAGGCUGGUUUCCCGCCAGGUGUUGUAAAUAUGGUUCCAGGCUACGGACCUACAGCAGGAAUGUCAAUCGCUGAACACAUGGAGAUUGAUAAGGUUGCCUUCACCGGUUCCACUGAGGUAAAGAAGUGUUCUGUCUAAUAUAACGAGAACACACUGAAAAGUGGUUUGUUUUAAAAAUUGAACGGUAAAUUUUCUCCUAGGAAAGAGGAGAGGGUAGACAGUGUUUUGUUUAAAUUGGCCCAAGAUUGCAUGUAAAAGCAAACAGAUGAACUGAUCAUCACAGCCUAAAAAAGCACAGGAAAAAGAAAAAAAGAACAAAGCAUAAACCAAACCUGAAAUCUCUUCCAGACAAUGAUCAUUAUCCAGUCCGCCAAAUUCCACCAGGCCUUUUUUUCAUCAUGGGAUAUUGUCGGGAGUCUACACUUUUUUGGGGCCGUUUUGAAUGUUUUAUCACCUCGGUUGAACUUCUUAGUCAUAGAAUAUUUGUUGUGAAAUCUGGGACAGAACUACUCCUGCAAAAAGCGAAUAUUACUCUUUUUCACGUGUAAUUUUAUCUCGUAGAUUGGGCAUGUAAUUAUGCAAGCAGCUGGCAGAAGCAACUUGAAGAACGUCACCCUGGAACUUGGUGGCAAGAGUCCUAACGUGGUGUUUGCUGAUUCCGAUAUCGACAGCGCAGUGGAAAUGAGUCACUUUGCUCUGUUCUUCAACCAGGGUCAGUGUUGCUGCGCUGGCAGCCGCUGUUUCGUAGAGGAGCCGAUUUACGACGAGUUUGUGCAAAGAAGUGUGGAGAGGGCCAAAAGCCGUGUCGUUGGCAACCCUUUUGAUUUAAAUACAGAACAAGGACCACAGGUAAUAAUAAUUGGCGAAAAGUGAAGGGCGCUUCGGUCACCUUCGCCGUCGUCGUUUUCGGUAGACAUACAGUACGAGUGGCUUUGAUAAAUGAUGGGUUAAUCGACGCUUCUUAUGAAAACAUUGACUCUCCAUGAACAAAAAGCAGGCAAGGAAGUUGGGAAAGGGUAUGCUGUUGGGUAAGGAAGAUCCAGCAUUCUCCUUAAAUCACUGUUUUUUGAGAAGAUCUCUUGAAGUUCUUAAACUUUAUCAUGAAAAGCCAUCCGUUGCCUUUGGCUUGGAUAGUCGUGCUCUCUUUGGCCAUUCCUUAGUGCCAACCUUACAAUUCAAUGUUGCCGUUUCUUAAUGGCCAACUGGAAAAAUUUUGGUUUUUUUUUUUUUUUUGGGGGGGUGUUCAUACUGGACAGGAAAAGAGUAGAACUAUCAACUCUUCCCCGCCCAAUUCAUCCCUAAGCCAACGGAUUCGGGAUCCCACUCCUGCUUUUCGUGCUACACUUAAGGAAAGAUUAUGAAAACGCCUGGUCUUUGCAAAAUUUCUAAAACUGCUGCUCUCUUUACUUUCCUAAAGGUUGAUCAGGAGCAGUUUAGCAAGGUUAUGUCCCUGAUAGAAAGUGGAAACAAGGAAGGUGCCAAUAUGGUCUUUGGAGGAGGGAGGCAUGGUGACAAAGGCUACUUUGUGCAGCCCACCGUCUUUACUGAUGUCCAAGAUCACAUGAGAAUUGCAAAGGAAGAGGUGCACUAAUUGAUUGAAUUGGUCGUUAAAAUAUUAAUAAGAUGACAGAAGCUAUUAGCGAACUAAUGACUAUAAUUUUGUGUUAUGUCAGAUUUUUGGACCCGUGAUGCAGAUCAUGAAAUUCAAGGACAUGAACGAAUUGAUUGAACGAGCUAACAAUACCAUUUAUGGUUUGGCUGCCUCUGUGUUUACCAAGGACAUUGACAAGAUGAAUACUAUUGCCCACAGCAUCCGUGCUGGCACUGUUUGGUGAGUAUCAGAUUUAAGGAACACCUUACUCCACAAGUUAAUUGAAUGAACUCAUUAUAUUUCCAUAUGGGAACGUGUGUUUCUCUCCUGUUACAGGGUCAACUGCUACGAUGUUCUGGAUGUCCAAGCGCCAUUUGGUGGCUUUAAAAUGUCUGGAUCAGGGAGGGAAUUGUGAGUUCUCGUAUUUGAUGCUUCUUUCUCUCACAGCUUCGUGCAAUGUUCUCAAAAUACCCGCCAUAAAUAACAUCUCACGCUCAUAAGGAAAUUCUGCUUAUUUUAUUUCUAUCUAUUUUCUUAUUUGAUACUUAUUUAUUUAUUUUUAUUUUAUUUAUUAGGGGAGAGUAUGGUCUUGAGCAAUAUUCGGAGGUGAAAACGGUAGGUGACAAUUUAUGGAAACUGUGCUUCCUCCACUUGUGUGUUCAUAGCAUCUAUAGGUGGUGUUCCACGUAGUGUCCACGGAAACAUAAACCCUUCCAUCUUAUCUAGUCCCUGAUAAAGCAAUAAGCACGAACUAAAACACCAUUAAAGGUUAAGGGUUAUUUUAAUUCUUAUAAUCUUGUUUUUGUUGGUUAUGCGCUCCGACGCCCUGGCAAUCACUCAGUCUAUCGUCUGAUCGUAAAGUUCACCUCUCUUCCUACCUUGACUUUUCUGUUCAGUAACUUGUUGUUCCUUGUUUUGACAGAUAACGAUCAAGCUCCCGCAGAAGAAUUCUUAAACAGCUGAGUGGUAAAUCGAAUGCUCUGAACCUUGAAAUGUCUUCGAAACCAUUCAGUUCAGGCGAUUUUCACAAGUUAUUUAAUACGUCCCUAAUUCUCAAACCCAAAGUGUAGCACUCAGUUAACGUAACUUCGAC